GAAGUCGACCUGCACUCGCUAGAGCUGCUUUCCAGCAAGGUCCGUGCGUUGCUCAACGGACUUACCAUGGAAUCCUUCGACUCGAUCUCAGACCAAAUCGUCGUGUGUGCAAACAUGUUUAAGGAUGAACAUGACUGUCGAUCGCUCAGCAAGAUCGUCCGCCUUGUGUACGACACAGCAACCAAUGAUCUUACCUCGUCUGCGAUGUAUGCACUCCUGUGUCGCAGAAUGAUGGGCAAGAUCAGCCCUGGGGUUCGGGAUGAGGCCGUCAGGGACGCGGAGGGCAAGUCUAUUGCGGGAGGACAGCUUUUCCAUAGAUUGCUGCUGAAUCGGUGCAAGAAGCACUUCGAGCGCUGCUGGGCUGCACGC